GCGGAAAUUCCCGGAUUUUUGUCUUAUAAAAGCAGAAAGUCGCGCUCCGUAUUGUCAGUGUUUCUUCGAGUAGCCCGCUAUGAUGAACGCCCUAAUAGCGUUGCUGGGGUUCCUGGCGGCAGUCCAGGCCGUACCAUGGUACGUCCCGGAGGGGCAGGAUGUAAAUUACAAAUUCAAAGUCGACAUGAAAGCUGGAGUCAUGUCUCCAGCGAAUUUCGCGUCGCACGUCGGCAUGGAUUGUACGAUGCGUAUCAGCAGGUACACAUUACACCCGAGGAUGAAGAACGCCUAUUAUGUGAAAUUGUCAGAUAUUAGGCAUCAAUUGUUCAACGGGGAAGUGCUACACUCCGAAAUUCCGAACGUUAAUCCGUUACCUUUGGUGGACGUGGCCAAAGUAUUGGAAAAUCCUUUCGUGAUUGUCUUCGACGAGAACGGACACUUGCACGGUAUGAAAUGGAUUGCUUCCGAGACAAUCUGGUCGAAGAACAUGAAGAAGUCUAUUGCUUCCAUGAUCCAACUAGACAUGGACAACAUCUUCCAUAACAAACUCAUUGUACCAGGCAGUUUCAUCACGGAGGAGAAAACUAUUCAUGGUUCCUGUCAUGUCGUCUACAACGUUCAAUCGAUAAAAGGCAACCGUGGGAUAGUCACAAAGUUGCACGAACCGUCAAACUGUACCAACUUCCAUUACCAUGAAUUUAAUAACAUCGAACACGACAGGUGUCAAGUCCAUACAGAGGAAUCCAUGACUACUGUUAGUAGGAAAUUUAUCGACUUCGAAGUCCAGGACAACUCGAUUCUUAUAAAGAAACUCAAUGCCCUAGGAGUCAUUGAUUAUUUCCCCUGGUUAGCUAACGCAGAGGCUCACUAUCUCCUGACCAACCAAACUUUAACCUUCACUGGAUCUUCCCCGCAACCUAGCCAACCAGUCACAGAUGUAGACAUUCCAGUCGACACGGAAAUCACAUACACCAAACCGACCGAGAACUAUUUGGUCACCGCUGAUCUGGACGUUACCCAUGGCCGGCAUUCGGUGGAUCUUAAAGGAGUCAAAGAUAAACUGAUGAAACUAUUACAAGAAGCAGUCAACUAUCUCAAAGAGACUCAGGUGGACAAGCAUCCGGAAUGGAAGAGCGGCCAGACGAUCAACAGGAUCCUGUACAUGAUGAGUUACAUGAACUUAGAAUCGAUGAACGGAGUCUAUCGUGUCUUCAAACAUCCCAAAACCGAGAAAGAUGAAAUGACGAAGAACAUCUUCCUCACGAUGGUACCGAACGUUGGAACCACUGCUGCAUGGCUCUUCACCCGAAACGCGAUUCGCGAGAACACUGUGCCCCAUCUCACCGCUAUCUCCAUGCUGGCGAGACUCCCCAUGAGUCUGAAACAUCCCACGGAAUCGCUGGUUACGGAGAUGCUCGAAUUCCUCCGCCAUGACGAGAACAUCAACGUCGACGUGAAAAAGGCUCGCAUACUUUGCUUCGCUAGUCUGCUUCACAGAGUGUACCCUAGUGAAAGCACGUCGCCAGAUUUGGAGAAACAUCUGCAGAGCUUCGUAGAAUCUGUUCAUAAUAAUCCCAACUUGGAUAUGAAACUGGUGUACUUGAUGGCCCUGAAGAACACUCGCUCGAUCAAGAUUAUCGAUCUUCUGAAGCCAAUAAUUAACGGCGAACAGAAGAUUUCCGACAGCUGGGAAGUCAUCCGUACGGAAGCGAUCUGGUCCGUCGAACACGUGCUCGUCAAUCACCCUGAAACAGCCCACAAACUGCUCUGGCCGAUCCUCAGCAAUGUUACUCUUCCGACAACCCUUAGGAUUACCGCUUACGACGUUCUGAUGAAGGCGACACCCAGCGAACGUCUUUUCUUGGAGAUGUACUGGUUCAUGGUGUACGAAAAGAACCCGCACCUGUACAACUACCAUGUUGAUACGUUAAAAGGACUCGCCUCCUCAACCGACGCUUGCCUCCUGCCUUCUCGCGAAAUGGCGAACAAGAUCCUGGCUUUCACGAGAAUAAGGUCGUUCCACGGGAUUCCUUCAGCGAAGCUGCACGUAGAUUCUACGCAGGAUACUUUCGGGUACACCAACAGCCUGCAAUUCAGCCAAAUACGCAACGAAAUGCACAACUCGGAGGUUCUCGUCACGGUCAAUUCCAUCACGACUGUCGGUCGCAAAAUGUCUCACCGUUGGGGAGUUCGCUGCCACGUGGACGGAAUGUUCAACGUGGUCACUGACAUAAUCAAUGAAAUUUUCGGUAAAAGGACACAAGUGGUGGUCAAUCCGAACGCUAAGGAGUUGCUCAAGGGGGUGACGAGAACCGCGAAGCUCAUGAAGAAUAGCAAUGUAAAUCUGAUGCUGACUUUGAACGAGAAAGUCUACAUGGUGUUCCACUGCAACUGGGCGACCUGUUCCAAACAGUUGAUGGAUCUGAUCAAACUGGAGGAUCUCAUGGACAAAUCAUUCCAUUUCGAGCACGUUCACUAUCACGACCAGUACGAGCUCCACAUACCCACUGACCUCGGUGUACCGGCCAUUUUGAGUACGCAGGUGCCAGUUCUCGAUGCUGCGGACGUCGCGUGGGAGAAGGACACGUCGAAGGUCCACGUGACGGCGAAGUACCAGGAAUGGCGGCACGGGGAAUACUACAUGGCCAUCUACAACCCCUUGGACGAUAUUUGGCACGCCAUUCGUAGAACAGGAACACGCGACAUAUUUUUGCCGAUCAAUCAGACCAUCUCCCACGAUUCAUCGUGGGAGACUGUCACUGUAUCAUCGGCCAGAUUGCCCUUGACAGAAUACUCUAUCGCCGGAUUACGGACCCAAGCCAGGAACUACGUUACUAUCUCGGGUGACGAAACUGGAGUGCUGAACAAGAGCUGUCCCAAAUGCAUGUCUAUCCAAAAGGUCUUAGGCGUCGCGAACCACAGGAGAAGCGAGCAAAGUAUCGACUCGAAAGACACCGGGCUUCAUUAUUACUCCGGAGUAACAGACUGCGAUGGUUACGUUACUCCGACGCCUCUUAGAUCGUGGAUGAACGCAUUUAAGAUUGACCAUGACGAAACCAUAAGCUGGAGGACAAUCCUGAGGAUUUUCUUGAGGUUACAACAGGUAGUACAGAACGACAUGAUCUCUUCCCAGCGAGCCAGUUGUACGAAUAGGUUGUUAAUCAAACCCAGCGAAGUGCAUCCUGCUAAACAGGUCGACUUCUCCAUUAAACGGACUACCGAGUAUCCGAAAUGCGACAAAGUAGAAGUCUUCGUUCCGAUGAAAAUGAACAUUGUCGCGAGCAUGGACGUUAAGUCGAUAUCAAAUGAUCAGACAGCAUGUAGGUGGAACGCAGAUGUUAAUUAUGAAUUGUCCGCUGGACACACGAGACAGAACUUUAAAACUGUACUCACUCGAAUGAUUCCAGGAGAAAAGAACUUGAAGGUCUGCGUCACUGGUCAGCAGGAUUACCCGGUCGUUGACAACGAGGAUUUAUUCAAUGUCAGAAACGUGAACCCGGAAACUAAGACGAAAGUAACGCUUCAAAUGGGAAAAACGAUAGAAGAUCAGUGCGUGCGCGAUGAAAUGGACGUCACGAUCAAUGCCAAAGCUGAACUGGCGGAAAAUAAAGAUGAGUACAAAGUAUACGAUCAUUUACAUGACAUCUGUGAGGAGAAUGCCAAGAAUCCACUUUUACAAACCGACGAACACCACGUUCCUAAAACUUGGGCGUGCGUACGGAACGCUAUUAUUCGCACUACUUUGACAAAAUACGGAAUGGACAUUGUUUCGAAGAAGUUACCGUCGCGCAUAGAAGCGAACUGGCAUACAAUUGAAGACUUCAUCCGUGGCAUUUCCUCUCACCACGUGGAUUUCGAUAAAGAAGUCAGUCCUGUCAAUGUCACGAGAAUCCACUUGAAUCUCUUAGUUUCACCAGUUGUCAAUCGCUAUCACCAUACCCAUGAAUUAUGGCAAUUGCCUUAUGGUAACAGUAUUUGGAACUCCCUCAUGGACAACGUCCAGUUCUCCUGGAAAACUUUGAGAAACUACCUGAACGACAACCUCAAAUUGUGCACGGUCCACCCUAAAGUGACGCUCACCUUCGAUAAUAAGACCGAGUUACACGAAGUUUCCCAAAAUUGGGAACACGUUGCGACAUCCUGGCAUAGAAUCGAAUAUGUUUAUGUCAUCUUGACCAGAUCAGUAUCCAAAAACAGAAUAAGUCUUAUGUUCGCGGUCGGUGAACAUUUCAUAAAAAUUGAACCCAUGGAAGACAAGGUGGUUGUUGAAGUUGACAACCACAGAAUAGAGAAACCAGAGAAUGGCGUCAUGGUACCCGACGAUCACACUUCCUUCGCUAUUAAAUUGGCUAGGAACUAUAAGCAUUGGAUAAUCCAAUCGACUACAGUGCCAAUUACCAUCUUGUACACACCAAAUAGUUUAACAGUAGCAAUGACUGACAUCAAAGGCCAAGUAAGUGGAUUAUGUGGAGAAAUGGCUGCAUCUUUAACACCCUCCAUGUCAACUCUAUUACAACAAAUACCGAUCAACGUUUAA